UUUUUUUUCAAAUUGAUAUGAAAACUAAACGGAAGGAAGAUGUAUAACAAGUGGCGUUGUUGGUCAAAGCGAAUUUGAACCGGUUUGUUUAGCCGGGUCUGAAAUUUUCAAGAUCAUCAGUGGAUGCGGGGUGAGGUGGGUGAAGUCUGCUGGACCUGAUCAACCGCGAGAACUGAGUCGCUAUUCAGUCGACAACUGCAUCACCCAUAACCCACUGGUUUGCAAGCCCAAACUAAUCGAGAUGACUCUGGUACUAGCCAACACCGAGACCAAGGAGAAAGUCAUCAAGGAGUUUGACAUAAAGAAAGAUGACUUGGAAACUGGCAUCAAAACACUCAAGGAAUGGAUUCAGACUCAGCCACAUCUGCCAGAUUGCUUGAACGACAAGGAGUUGGAAGCUGUUCUGGUAAUGAAUAAGAACAGCAUUGAACGAACGAAGAAGAGCAUUGACACGUACUGGAGUGCAAGAAACAGAUGCCCUGAGUUCUACACUGACAGAGACCCCUGUUUACCCGAAAUUCGUCAAAGCGAAGAAGCUGUGAAAUACUUUCCGCUGCCAGAGCUGACGCCCGAGGGCUACCGAGUGGACGUGUUCUACGUGAGCGACCUGGACUCGAAGCACUUCGACGUGAAGUCGACGAUGAAGCGGGUGCUGGCCAUCGCCGACAUCCGCCGCAAGGAGGAGACCUACUGCUCGGGCGACUACAUCAUCUACGACUGCCAGCACUUCACCAUCUCCCAUCUGUCCAAGUUCACGCCAACCCUGGCCAGCAAGGCGCUCUUCUGCACACAGGAAGCAGUAUCUACACGUAUGAAGGGCAUCUUUUUGAUCAACUCCAACAAAUACGUUGAAUCAGUUGUGAAUAUUUUCAAACCUCUCAUGAAGGAGAAGAUAGCCAACAGAAUUCACAUUUUCUCGGGAGACCACACAGAGCUUUACAAGUUCAUCCCACAGGACAUUCUACCCAACGAGUACGGUGGCAAGGCUGGUUCCAGGGACGAGUUGUCAAAGGCUUGGCUGAAGAGAAUUGAGAGCGAGCGAGAAUGGUUGAUCAAGGAGGGAUCAAUGGCGGCCGACGAGAGCAAGCGUCCCGCCGACAGCCUCGUCAAGGACUCGGCCAUGUUCGGCGUCGUCGGAAACUUCAAAAAGCUGAGCUUCGACUAGAACCAUCUCCAACUUCCAACAAAAAUGAUCCUUAAACGGUUUCCAUAGAAUAGAAGUUAGGUAAUUUAUUGUAAAGAUAUAGUUCUAUUUAAUUUGCAAACCAGUGAUAAGUUUUCUAUACAUUUCUGAAUAAAAUUCAAAAGGGGAGCGAGAUUAAUUAUUAUUGUGGAUUAAAUAAAAGCUAAAAAAUAAAGAUAAAAGUUAUGCCUGAAAUGGGUUGUAUGAUCAGAUGUAAUAGAAUAAAUUGUGUACAGUUGAACGUG